UCGCGGCCCCCACACCACAAGUGGGUGCUCACGGGUGCUGACGGUCCACGUGAGGAAGCAAGGACACUGUCAGCAUGAACUGGGCAUCCCUGCAGGCCCUCCUGAGCGGCGUGAACAAGUACUCCACGGCGCUGGGCCGCAUCUGGCUGUCGGUGGUGUUCAUCUUCCGCGUGCUGGUGUACGUGGUGGCGGCCGAGGAGGUGUGGGAUGAUGAACAGAAGGACUUCGUCUGCAACACCAAGCAGCCGGGCUGCCCCAACGUCUGCUACGAUGAGUUCUUCCCCGUGUCCCACGUGCGCCUCUGGGCCCUGCAGCUCAUCCUGGUCACCUGCCCCUCGCUGCUCGUGGUCAUGCACGUGGCCUACCGCCAGGAGCGCGAGCGCAAGCACCGCCUGAAGCACGGGCCCAACGCCCCGUCCCUGUACGACAACCCAAGCAAGAAGCGAGGCGGGCUCUGGUGGACAUACCUGCUGAGUCUCAUCUUCAAGGCUGCUGUCGACAUCAGCUUCCUCUACAUCUUCCACUGCCUCUACCAGGAUUAUGACAUGCCCCGGGUGGUGGCCUGCUCUGAGUCACCUUGCCCCCACACGGUAGACUGCUACAUCUCCCGACCCACAGAGAAGAAGGUCUUCACCUACUUCAUGGUGGCCACAGCUGUGAUCUGCAUCCUGCUCAACCUCAGUGAGGUCACCUACCUGGUGGGCAAGAGGUGCCUGGAGACCUUCAGUCCGAGGCGCAAGCGGUCUCGGCACCGGGACCACCUGCCUGACACGUGCCCCCCGUAUGUCCUCUCCCAGGGGGAGCACCCCCAAGAUGGGAACUCUGUCUUAAUGAAGGCUGGGUCGGCCACCGUGGAUGCAGGUGGGUUUCCAUAA